CUCGCGCGACUUCCCCUUUGAGCGUCAAACAUGGCCACGUCCAGACUAGAGAUUAAUUUUAUCCGUUUAUUAUCGCGCUGUGAAUCUCUGGCUUCAGAGAAAAGAAAUGAGACAGAAUGGAGACUAGAGAAGUACGUUGGUGCCCUUGAGGAGAUGCUUUUUGCCCUUAAAAAGCGUCCAAGUAAACCAACGCCAGAAAUACUGACGGACUACAACCGCAAGGUGGAGUUCCUCAAGGGUCUCUUAGAGGCAGACAAACUGCCGUCUCCAGCAGAGAAGUCUCUGGCCAAUCAGUUUCUGGCUCCUGGACGGACGCCUACGAUAUCCAGCGAGAGGACGCCUGCCAGUAAGAUGGUGCACAUCCAGAGUAAAGCGCGAUGUGUUGGAGAAAUGAGGAAGGAGCUGAUGAGCACUGCUGUGUCAAGUUCUGGUUCAUUGGAUACGGAUCUCAGACACAGAAAGAGUAUUCCUGUAGACGAGCGGCAGUCAGCGGGAGAGCUGGACGCUAUUCUACAGCAUCAUCACAACCUCCAGGAGAAACUGGCUGAUGACAUGCUGAAUCUCGCUCGCAACCUGAAGAACAACACGCUCGCAGCCCAGAACAUCAUCAAGCAGGACAACCAGACUCUCAAUCAGUCUAUGCGUCAGGCCGACAUGAACUUCGAGAAGCUGAAGACCGAAUCAGAGCGUCUGGAGCAGCACGCCAAGAAAUCCGUCAACUGGUUCCUGUGGCUGAUGCUAAUCGUCGUCUCCUUCACGUUCAUCAGCAUGAUCCUCUUCAUAAGACUGUUCCCGAGACUCAGAUGAUGUUAAUCACCACUAGAACCGCUAGACUUAAUUUAUCUAUUAUUUAAUUUAUCUAACAGGUUUACAGACACUAGCUAAGAGUUAUACAUUUGAUUGACAGCCUCAUCGUUCAGUCAGCUUCAGUCAUUCCCGCGAAAACCAUUGUUGAUGUCAUAACGAACUCGCGCCGAAUCCCUGUGAAGAACGUUUUUAAAUGAUUCGGUUGUUAUUAACGGUUAGUAAUUGAUAACUAGCCCACAAACUGUUCGUCAGUCAUUUAAAUACACAAUCUGACGACAAACGUUCUCAAUACUCUGAGACCAACGUUUUCAUCUUUUAAAAGA